AUGCCAUUUGGUGAAGUGGUGUGUGGUGCGCCAGGAAGUGGUAAAUCGACGUACUGCUAUGGCAAGCAUCAGCUAUUCACUGCUUUGAAUCGCCCGAUUUCCAUUGUAAACCUCGACCCAGCUAAUGACAACAUCCCUUAUCCAUGUGCGAUUGACAUUGCUUCUUUAAUCACCCUCCAGGAUGUCAUGGACGAACACGGUCUUGGCCCAAAUGGAGGCAUGCUUUACUGCAUGGAGUACCUAAAUGCCAACUUCGAUUGGCUUGAGGCACGGCUGAAAGAGCUGGGAUCCAACGCAUAUGUGUUGUUCGACAUACCUGGUCAGGUUGAGCUUAGCACUAAUCACGAGGCAUUAAAACACAUAGUGCAACGAUUGACAAAGAUUGGGUUCAGGUUAGCUGCCGUUCAUCUCUGUGAUGCGCACUAUGUGACCGAUGCCGCGAAAUAUGUUUCCGUACUUCUCCUGUCCCUCCGGACUAUGCUACAGUUGGAACUGCCGCACGUCAAUGUUUUGUCAAAGGUUGAUCUGAUAGUUCAAUAUGGAGACCUGGACUUCAAUCUCGAUUUUUACACGGAGGUUCAGGAUCUUUCCUAUUUGGAGAACGCACUGAAUACUUCAUCACCGCGGUACAAUGCUCUCAAUAUGGCAUUAUGCUCUGUAAUCGAGGACUACAGUCUUGUGGGAUUCGAAACACUAGCAGUUGAGGAUAAAGCCUCGAUGCUCCACCUGACACGCGCUAUCGAUCGAGCCACAGGAUACAUUUUCGUGCCACCACACGACGCCCCGGCACCAGAGGGGACACUUGAAACUGCGUCCGUUCCUGCAUCGACGAGGCCCAACACCUUUUCACUGUUCUCAUCUGCUGCGGGCCAGAUGGCAGGUAGCGUAGGGGAUGUGCAAGAACGUUGGAUCGAUGCUCGUGAACAAUGGGAUGCAUUUGAACGCAAAGAGUGGAGGCAGGAAGGGGAGAUGAUCAGGGAAGCGAGGGAAAGGGAGAAAUCAACGCAAGGUGAACGGAGGGGGAAGAGUGGAAUCAGGGAGCGGAAAUAG